GUGGGUGAUCGCAUCCUCACGAUAGAGCUUCUGAACGCGGAUGGCAAGGAAAUCAUAGCCUAUGGCGCUUUAGCCGAUAAAAAGUCCUUAGUGAACAAGGGCACGUUUCCUCGUGGACUCUGGCAGCCUGUCGCUACGGUCCAGCUCACAAUUCGCCGAAGAAGAUCGCAGCAGGCGAGCUUCAAAGUGGAGGGAUCCGGUCAGAUCAAGAUACUGGUGAUCCAGCAUUACCACGACAUGAACUACCUGGAGCAGCAUCCUGCAUCUUGUGGAUUCACGGUUCAGGGCUUGGGGUGUUUUUGUACUUUGGGUUCAAUGUUUAGGGCCCGGCUUCAGCUUUGA